UCCACCCCCAGGCUUCAACAAGGAAUCCGCAAAUCCCAUAAAAGCCGGGGGCUAGGAGUGUAAGUGUCCCAGGUCUCCAGCCUAAUCAGCGCACUGUUCACUGACACCGCAACCCACACAAGAUGCAAUUCACAGCCACCCUCGUCAGCCUCGCUGUCGCGUUCGCGAGCAUGAGCGCCGUUACCGCGGCUCCCGCUGUGGAAUCGAGCCUCACCAAACGCUGGUGCGGUUUCGAGGCGCAGUGCGGCUGCACGCCGGACGCCGCGACGGGCUGCCAGCUGACGUUCGACAAGUGCGGCCAGCAGUGGUACUGGCCGCCGCAGUGCCAGGGGUGUGGCACGUGCCCCGAGCUGUGUGUCGAUUACGGCCGGCUUUUCUGGAAGGCAGGGCCAGCUUCCGCGAGUCACGUUCCAGCCAAAGAGCACCAACGAACGCACCCAGAUCACAUCAAGAUGGCAGGCAUCGCUGAUUUUGCGACCAUGCGUUUCAUGAGCACGAAUGCGAGUGGAGCUGACGUGCACGACCAAUUUGUAACCAGCGCAUUCGACAUCCUCUCGUUCACCCUGAUCGUGUACGACUACUUGCUCACGCUUGACUGGGAGGUCGCGCGGUACUGGGGCACGCCGUUCUCGUGGCCCACGUUCUUCUACUACCUGAACCGGUACUUGACUCUCCUCGGGAAUAGCUCCAUCCUGGUCGACUAUGUAUGGGGUGGGCAGCUGACUCCCGCAAAGAUUGCUGCGUACGUUAUGUCGUCGAGACGUAGAUGGGUUUCUGAUGAGAUCAUCGUCGGGAUCAUGCUCGUGCUGCGCACUUACGCCCUCUACGAACGCUCCAUCCGCGCACUCGCGGCCAUGCUUAUCUUCGCCGCCGCAGUGCUCGCCAUCGCCAUCUGGGCGACGAUAGUGGCACCGGACACGAACCAGGCAGCACUGCAGCUGUUCUCCGGGUGCAACUUCGGCACCCCGCACAUCGCCGGAGUGUACCUGGCCAUCGCGUGGUCCUGCGUCACGGCGUUCGACGCGCUGAUAUUCGGCAUGACCGUUGCUCGCGUGCUCACGCGCCCUGAGCACAGCCGUAGGCCAGGCGCAGAUCUGUUCUCGGUCAUGUUGAGAGACGGGGCGGUUUACUUCGCAUUUAUGACGCUUAUGAAUGUUGCCAAUGUCCUCGUCCUGAUCCUCGGGAGCGAUUUCGGCCGCGAGACGGUAACGACGUUGACCAAUGCAAUCUCAUCCCUCGCGAUCACGCGGUUGAUGCUCUCCCUGCGCGAUCCAGCCCGAGAACAUAUGUCCGGGCGCCUCAGUUCGUCGCAGGGGGAGACCGGGGAGUCGCUAGAGUCGCCUGCCAUGGAGCUUGAUUCGCUGGCGCCCGGGCUUACGGACCAGCUGGCCUGGGAGCGAUCAAUGACGAGAUCCGCCCCGGUGUGAUCCAGGAUUUCUUGCGGGAAUGACUGGUCAAAUUGUAACGGACGACGACGAAUAUAGUUGUCCGCGUCCCCGCAUGGGGCUGGAAGACUAGAAAAUGCACUUUCGACGAGACGCUGGUCAUUUUUCUUCCCCCCAGCACUCAAGAGCACACUGAUGGAUUGGGAAGGCAGGGUCAAGUAUCUCAAGUGCAAGUAAUCGAUGAGGACGACAUGGUCGACAGAGUCGACGGGCACAUUUAGUGUAUAUAUCACAAAGAGACAAGAUACCCACAACAGAAUUCUUCCAGAGAUGAUUUCGUCCGUACAUUGCAC